AUAGAUAACUUUUCAACGGCUUUUAUCACAUACGGACGGUAAAUGUACAGUAAAAUGUUUUGUAUUCUGAUAAAUUCAAUAAGUAUUUUUUAAAAUUCUAUUCGAUUUCAUUUACGAGGUAGAUGAUACGUCAAGUGAACAAUACAUUCACGUAAGGUGAUACAGAAGACAAAUGGGGAACAGCUUUGUUUAUUGUAUUUAAUGACCAUCCAUUGAUUCUCAAUAAAGCAGACGACAGGGAAGAAUUAGAAUCAAGAUUGUAAAAGUGUUAAACUGGUUAAGAACAAGUUAAUAUCGACCAAGGUAAUAAUUUGACAAAUACUAAUCCGUGGAUUAAUUGCUGGGAUUUUAAUCCUAAACCUAGGAGAGGGGGUUUUAACAUAAUUUUGGACUUUGGUACAUUUGUUGACGCAACUGUUUAUGGAAUGUGUGGAAAGUAACCAAACAGAGAUUGUUUAGUCAAAAAGUGCACUGCGCAUUAACCGGAAUAAUGUGAGAGAUUCACCGUAAGUACACAAAUAAAACAGCUGUGCGUCUGCCAUGACAACGUGUUUACCAUAAAGAAGAACCAAUUAAUACUUAAUUGAGACAAUCAAGAUCAUCUGAUUGAUGCAUCCAUUGAAAUGUUCAACGUUAAAUGAAACUAAAGAGACACGCGACAGCUGGUCAAUACACUGUAACAGCAAUAGUUCCAUGAGGUGGCAUCCCUUUUUAUCGCGAUAUGGAUAUAGAAAAAUAUUAAAAAUGGCAUAAUACAACUGGUGGAUAAUUCAACUUCUCAUUGGCAUACAAAAUCCCUAUACUGUUUGUAAAUAUUGAAACAGUUCAUUUAUAAGCCACGCAAGGAAUUAUUGAUUAGGACGAUAACUCGCACCAGGGAUAUAUAAAUACAACUUACAAUAAUAAUAAUAAUGUCAGUUCAAGUGGAAAGUGAAAACCUACCACCACCUAAAUUGAAUGGUCAAAUGACAGAUUCAUAUGGACUUCCGGUUCAAGAAAGCACGCCGAGAGGUUUACACUCGCGACCAAUGGUAGGCUCUCCUAGCAAACCAGCGUAUGGAGUGCGUGUUCCAGUAUUGAAAGAUUUGGACGGGCAUUUCCUGGGACGUAAACAACCGGCACAUUGUCGGUUUGAUAUCGUGGAAAAGAUUACCACUGUGAUUAAACCUGGUGCAUAUGGUCUGUCACAAAAUGAACAUGAUACGGCGGAAAAUAAUUCGCCGAAAACCUCCGAGGGUAAUUCGAUUAAACGAGUAACUGUCACUCGUCAACCAACAUUUCAUUCUACUUAUUCAAAUUUCACAAAACAAGAUGAUCAAAAAGAUAGCAGUGUUUUGGAAAAGAUCGGCCCCUAUCACUGGAACACUUGGGUUAAAAGUGGAAAAGAGGGAGAUGCUCGAGAUGUUCUAUAUAAAAAUACGUACUGUCAAGUUCCGGAACAGGUACGAUACCGUACGCUGACCUUACCGCGUAUAUCAACAUCUUCUUCGACCGAAAGGCCUUGGACUGUGGCGGGAGACGAAAAACCGGUUGUUACGAAAUCUGACCACGGAGAAUACAACAAGGUUGUGACAAUUGUACCCCAGCAGCCAAGAGGAACUGUUGUUCGUUUCCGGGAAUAUAUGAAGCCAGCAACUUAUUCUUCGGAUGGUCGUCCACUGGCGGUAAAAAGUUACAACACGAGACCUGUCCAGUAUAAUCAUUUCACAACAAUUUCUGACGGGUUUCCACUCAUUCGACAUGAUUUCCGACGGUCACCAAAGAAAACUGAACGGCCCCUCAAAUUCGAAAAUUCGCGAUAUACAAAAAAAAGUAAAGACACUUUAUUUUCCAAACAUAUUCUUCCAGCAUACAAGCAAGCUUUUGAUAGGGAUUACAGUUCUGCGGACACUUUUAAAGAAUAUCUGGACUGUCUGCAGCAGACGGCAAAAGCUAAUACCCCAGGCAUGCACACACGUGACAUUUAUGGUCACCGAAAUUCAGAGACGCGCCAACCAAUGGAUUACCAUAAUGAGGUCUUGAAGUCAGUCUCGGAUGUCAACCAACCAGAAGAAGACAUAGUAAAUGGAGAUCCUCAUGAAAUAUCAGUGGAUAUAAGAAAACAACAGAAACCUGAAACUGAACUUUUGGAUUGCAUAGACGGACAAAAGCCGCCAGUUAUAGACAAUUUGUCGUCUGUUCAUGGAAGCGUAGUUCGCGCACAUAGUGAUACCCAGUCUGUUACAGUUCCCCGUAGUAGUAGUAUAGUGGACGGUAAGAGCGUCGUGAAAAUACCAAGUGUUGUUUCUGAGGCAGCCAAUAGUGUUGCACAAAAUGUUAUCCCAGAAUCAAAGUUGCCUCAGGUGGAAGAAGAUGGCUCACAUUGUCCCGCGAAUACUCCUACACCUGGUCAAGAGCUCUGAAGUUCCUCUUCCCUUGCCACAUAGUCCAAGAACUAGCGGUUAGCCGUUUCAGCAGGGUAUUACAGAUAUAUUUUUUAUACGUCCUUUUUCAUGAACAUGUUUCUAUAAAAUAAAAUUAUGAAACGAUUUCAUCGUAAGAAUGUUACAAUUUAAUUGAAAUACAAUUGUAAUAUAUAUACUAUGAUGUA